AUGACUUGCCAAGCUCUUGAGGCACAUCCAACGGCGCCGCACUCGGCGCAGGGGACGCAAGUUGCAGCGCAGCAUCAAACUGUGCAGCAUCCGGCGAACCUGCCCAGACCAGAGGUGUGUGCCGAUGAUGCUCUUGCAGUCUUCUCUGCUGCUUUGAGCAAUGCCUUGGAGAAACUGCUGGGGCGACCGCCCACACCAGAGGACCGUAUCUUCCAUUUCGACCCUGAACGCCAGCGCGCCUCCCUGGAACUUCCCAGCUUGAGGCCCCCUCAACAGCUCAGUUGUGCAACAGAGAUGGAUGAAGAUGUGGAAUUUAGUGAUUUGACGAAGAGCGAACAGGUGACCUUGCAACAAUCCGUUGAGCAUAAGAUCUCCAAGCUGAUGCUGAAGGAGUUAGAAUCCGAAGGUCUGUUGACCUUUGAUUCCUCUCAGCCGCCGCUGCAUGCAUGGGUCCCUGGCAAGGACCAGCAGCGCAUUGCGCUGAUCCCCCGGGUGCUGCGGCGCGCCAAGACGGUGCCACCGCGCGUCACCAAGGCAUCGACCACAGGCGUGAAAACCGGGGAACCGGUCUUCAUGCGUCUCCGGAAACUCCAGGAUAGCUUUGCUUCCAACCCACCAGAAGAGUACAAAGAGCAGAUCAUUUUUAGGGACUUCAGCAAUGGAUAA